GCAGAAAGGGCAUUGCGCAAUCGAGCGGGGCGGGCCGAUAGGCUGAUGUUAUCGUCUCUCCGUCGUGUUUGGGAAUACUUUCCUGCCUAGGAGUCGUGAAGACCGUAUUCCGGAUCUUUCAGUGCUCGUCCGCCAGAGUAUAAAUUGGCCGCCGCGCGUUCGCUAUCCGACACUGCCCAAGCACUCUCCCCUCCUCCGCCCUGUACAUACCCCUCUCCUCCCGCCCCCAACCCGGCCACCAGCAUGUGCCAUUGGCGUCGCGUCCGUAACAACUACAAACGCUGCGGUCACUACGUCGACCUGCCCGACGAGAUGAUUCAAUGCGAAGAUCGUUUCUGCAAGUUCAGUACCUCGCAUCCCAGGAACUGUGUCCCGCCCCGCUGCACGGAGACUUGCUGGCAAUACCGCCAAUUCCCCCAGCAGUAUAACCCCGUCAUAGACACCUUCUGCCCCGUCUGCGUUCAGAUGGGCCGCUCCUAGAGAAUAGAUUUCGAAUCCCGCGUACGACACUGUAGUUCUAUCUAAGUUCCAAGUUCCCUCCGAUUGUUCCAUCCUUCUCCACGAUGCUCUCCUAAUUACUGUACUGCACCCACUCUUCUGCUCUAUCGUACCCGUCGCCAUGCUGUUCUUGGAUAGGAAAUCGAGUC